AACAAAGGAAAGGCUUUGACAUGUCUAACUAAAUGUAAGGAUCCGAUUACACGGCCCGUGUGCGGGAGCUCAAAAGGCAACAGAGCCCCUAGUAAAGUUGUGAUUGGCUGUUGUUUAAGUCAAUCAACUAUCAAUCAAGCUGGACAGUUAGUGCCAUGGCAACUCACUCAGCAACCAGUAUACCCAGCAACAAAGACUCAUCCCUGUAUGUAGUUGGUCAGUGCAUAAUGUGCACAAAGGUCUGAACACGCAGGUUCACAAGCAAGCAAACAUGCCUCCAAAGAAAAAAACUAAAAAGACCACAAAGAAGAUCCCAGAAAAAAGUGAAAAUGACUUGGAGGCAAAGUAUAGGCGCAGUGUUCUGGAUGUAGCCAUCCUACAGGAUCACAUUGCCUUACAGUGCGAGUCUGUAAAGAAGGUCCAGUCUGAUAGAAUUGACCUGAGGAGACGCAUGAGACACAUGGAGCAGGAGCUGCAGCACGAGAAACAAGACCACAGGGACGUCAACUCUGACUUCAGUCGCCAGUACAAAACCACACAGACAGAGCUGACCAACAAGGUAAAGAGAAUGGAGAAAGAGGUCAGCCAGCUGAAGGAAGAACUUGUGCUGUGUCAGGAGGAACUGAGUAAAGAGAAAAGAGAGCGCGAGCAGGUGGAACGGGAGAAGGACGCCACCAUAGCUGACCUCCAACACAAGCUGGACAACAUGGAAACAGACUAUGAGAAGAUCUUGCAUGAGAAUCUAGACGGCCUGAUUUCCCAGCUGUCUGUGGCUCGACAGAAAUGGGACGACAAGAGCACAACCCUUCAUCAAAAUUACAAGGAACUGCUCUCUGAGUUUGGCCUGAAUGCACAGCACAUCUGAAAGACAAAUGAAAGCAGCUGCUCUUCUCAGUGAGACACAUAUGUUUAAUGUUGGAUCUACAACUCGGUUCUAUCAGACUGUUGCAUCUGUUUGGUUCAAUUGAAAAUGAAGUCUGCCACAGCAUUCAUUUGUUACUUAGUAUGCCUAGCACAUGGAUGGAUGUUCUUAUAAUAUUUUACAAUCAGAGUUUCAAGUAGACUGAGUUAUCUAUGCAUGUGUUUAGAAGCUCAACAUGUGGUGUCUGUAAUGUUGUGUAAUGCCCACUAGAUGUAGCAAAUGACUGUUUAUGGUCAGGGAGAUGGUGGCUACAUAUCAUUGAUACCCAGAGGUUUAAAGAGUAUUUUAAUCUUAUAUUUUGGGAUUCAAUAUUUCUCAAAUCAUUUAAUAAUCAUAAAAGAGUGUGACAACUACACUAGCGUGAAAUUAAUUAUACUGGGUCAGAGAGCACUGUACAACAAUAAAUACUAACAUUAUCCUACAAAGGGUGGCGUGUUAACAAAGAAGGAAAUGUUGAUACAAUUUUCUCAGGCUGUGUUUUAUGCUGAAUCAUUGGACCAGAGGUCAAAUAUGGUAACAGGCAGGAGAUUAAGGUGGAAUUUACCACAUGAACCGAGAUGUAAGACACUAUAAUAUACUAUCCUCUGCAAAACUGUAGUACUUUUAAACUGCAGUGUUUUCAUUCAAACCAAUAACAACAAAACAGAAAUCAUGAGAUAGGAAAAUAUGAAAAGUAAAGUUCAGUAUGAGGCAGACUA